AUGACGGUCGAGUUUGUGGUAAACCUGGAAAAUCACAAGAGAAGAAUAUGGAGCAUCUGUUGGAGCCCUGAUGGAAAUUUCCUCGCGUCCGUAGGAGCAGACAAAUAUAUAACCAUAUGGAUUAAAACGAAUAAAGACAAAAUAAAAAAGACAAGUGAAAGCAGUAAAGUUUGGAAAAAAUUUAAGAUGUUUGGAGAAGGCACACACAAAUCGGGUAGCAUAAAAUUUGACAUAUACGACAUUAUAGAAACAAAUCACGAGAAAUCGCUCCGGCACAUUGAAUUUUCUCGAGACGGAAGUUUCUUUGUUGUUGCGUCGUUUGACUCGAAGUGUUCUAUUUAUAAAAAAAAUAAUAAUGACAAAUGGGUUUUUUACAAAUCUUUGGAGGGGCACGAAAAGGAGGUGAAGUGUGCCUCAAUUCAUCCCACCAACAAGUACAUAGUAACCUGCGGAAGGGACAAAAGCAUAUGGAUACACGCCAAGACGGAUGAAGUCAAUCAGAAGGACGAUGAGCAGGUUGGAAGCACGGCAAACGCGGAGGAAACACCCACAAACGGGGUGCAAAAUGAGGAACAGGUAAAAGAGGAUUCACAAAAUGCCGCGCAAACGGAUGCACAAUGUAACAACCAGGGGGAAAUUCAACCGAACACAGAAUCGCAGAAGUCUAAUAACCACUUGGACGUCGACUUCGACUUCAACUUUGACGCUUACCUAACGGGGCAUUCCGAAGACAUAAAGUUUGUCUCCUGGUGCCCUCUCAGCGAAAACACAUUCAUCUCCCUUUCGUAUGAUAACUCUUUAAAAAUUUGGAAUAAACAGAUAAGCGAGUGGAGUUGCAUACAGACCUUGAAUGAACACACAUCUGUGGUGUGGUGUGUUGCCUUCAAUUUUGACGGCUCUGAAUUCGCUACCUGCUCAGAUGACAAAUCUAUAAGAAUAUGGAAAAGUGAAAAAAAAGUUUGGUACAAUAAAAACAAGUACCCUUUUCUCUACGAACAUGUAGUAAAGGAAGGAAGGAAAUUAUCAAAUGAAAGCUCCUUGUGUUCACUUAUAAAUAAACCGAAUAGCACAAUAGGGGAUAGUGCCACUGGGGUGAAAAAGGUACUCGCCAAUGAUAGCCGCGGAUAUAGUAAUCAUAACAGUAAGAGCACUGCAUAUGGAAAAGGAUCCAACGAGCGAAAUUUUCUCGAUAAAACAGCAAAACUGUUUCGAAAGAUAAGGAAACCGAUGACCCAAGGGGGGGGUGAGAAAGCCUCCGAUGUUCCAUCCAAUUUUUCUAUAAUAGAUUAUUCAAAGGAGGACAAAGAGGUCAAGACGGCCUUGAAGGUAGUAGUGCAGAAUAAUUUUGUCCCACUCUAUUUCGAGCAUGGCCUUUUCAAAUAUGUUUACAAGUACUCAGAUAUGGAAGGGGGAAAACAAGGGGCAUUUGCACCAGUGGAAGCAUCGGCUGAGAAGAGAGAGGAUAAAGGAGCCGACCCGGAAAAGGAAUCCCCAAGCGGGGCACACCUCAUCGCGAAAAACGAACCGGAAGAUGCACCCCAAAAUGAAACGAAAAACGAACUGAAUGACCAACCGAAGGACCAACCGAAGGACGACGAGUGUAUCUCCAAGGUUUCCAAAGAUGGCGUCGAUCAACCGAACACACAAGACGCAGAUAUGACCCACAAAGAGGAGGAGAACGAAGAGUCAAAAUUGAGCAACGAGGAAAAGACUAACAUACAAAGUGGAUGCACCACCACGCAAGAGGAACAACAAACGAGUAACCCCGUUUCAGAAAACGUCUCCUCUGUGAACAUAAUUCCAAAUCUCAGUGACAAAGAAAAAGACUUAAACAAUGUUUCGUUCGAUGACUGGAAAAUAAAACACGUGAUAGAAGGAUACCACAAGAGAAGCAUUAGCUACCUGGACUGGAAUGCUUACGAGGAUUUAAUUGCAGCCUCUUCCUUUGACAACUCUUUGAAAAUAUUUCAGAAAAAAAUGGACACGUGGAAUUUAAUAGAGAAUAUCGAAAAUGCUCAUUUGAGUGAUGUCAAUUGUGUCGUGUGGUGCCCGCAGAAGUACCAGGACUAUUUUUUGCUGGCCACCGCCGGAGAUGACUGCGUCAUUAACAUAUGGAAGUACACGAAGGGGUGA